ACCACUCCAAAACCCGCCCCACUCUUCACCUUCCCAAAAUAUGAUACUAAACUAAAAAGAUCUCUCCCCCAAAUUUCUCUGCCCCCCGCUCUUCCUUUUUCUAUAACUAAUUCAAUCAAAGCUCUGUCCAGCUGCAACUAUGGAGAAUUAUUCCUUUACCUCUUAUCCGGAUUCUGGGGAUUCCUCUCCCCGUUCUCGAGAGAUAGACUUUGAGAACCCUCCACCCUGGGACGACCAGCAGUCUCACAACAAUUACAAGGCCAAAUUCAUGUGCAGUUAUGGCGGCAAGAUCCACCCUCGCCCCCAUGACAACCAGCUCUCUUAUAUCGGUGGCGAGACCAAGAUCCUCGCCGUCGACCGCAACAUCAAGUUCGAACCCAUGAUCUCCAAGCUCUCCGCUCUCUCCGGCGACCCCGACGUUUCCUUCAAGUACCAGCUCCCCGGCGAGGAUCUCGAUGCCUUGAUCUCCGUCACCAACGACGACGACCUCGACCACAUGAUGCACGAGUACGAUCGUCUUUACCGUGCCUCCGCGAAGCCCGCCAGGAUGAGGUUGUUUCUCUUCUCCUCUCCCUCGGCCAAUCAGUCUUCUCCCAGUUUCAGGUCCGAGGUGGCCAGGACCGACCGCGAAAGGUUCAUGGAGGCUCUGAACUCGGGCCCUACCGACGCGCCGAAAGCUCCGGCACGAAACGACGUUGACUAUCUGUUCGGGUUGGACAAAGGAACCCCACCGCCACAAGCCGCAGUGAAGCUCCAAGAUUCCUUGCCCGAACCCGUCGCACCACCGCCUCCUGAGUUUUCUACCCGCAUGGUUCAUGGGGACCGCGUUACCGGAUCAGAUCCAGUCGUAAACCCGAUCGAGAUGCAGAGGCAUUUGCAGGAAUUGCAGAGGCUGCAUAUUGGAGAGCAUGAACCGGGGGUGAUGAAUUUCAGAAAGAGCGAUGAAAAUCUAGUCGGAAACUACUCCGGAGAUUACUAUGUCCCCAAGGUGCCGGAAAAGGCUCCUCCGGCCAACGUACCUCAUGCCCCGGCAUUUUGGCAGGAAAAACAAUUCGCCGGAGGGGGUUUCCCGGCAAGUGCACAGGACCAACCGAUGUACAUGAUGCCAGCUCCGGGUCCAGUCUACCAUGCAGCACCACCGAUGGUUCGAGCCAUGGGCAUUCAAAGCACUCAAGGCUACUACACCAUGCAGCGAGUCUCGCCGGAUGUAUAUCGAGACCAGCCGCAGCAGGUUUACAAUGUGGUCGCACCGCCACAAUCGCAGCAACCACCGAUAUCGGCGAAUCCCCCGUCGGUUCUACCGCCACAGCAGGCGAAGAUGUCAGCGUACACGGAGGGGUUCGGGAUGGUACGGCCGGGUGGAGGAGGAGUGGGGAUGAUGGAUACGGUUUCAUACACCCCCGUGACGUACGAUGGCGGGAUGGGGAGACAGGUGUACUAUACACCGGCGACGGCGACUUAUCAAGGCGGCGUUGGUGCGCCUGUUACUGCUGAUAUGAGGAGCGCUGGGCCGUCGAUGGGCCAGGAGGGUAAGGUGGUGAACAAGGUUUCACAAGCUUCUGUUUGAUAAUCAUAAUUCAGUUGCAGAGAUACUCUAUAAUAUUACAAUAACUACAAUACUGAAUAUUUCAUGUUAAUUAUGUGGUUAAUUAUCGUGAUGAUCAUAUAUAUAUAUGGAUUAGGAAGUUUUGCUUGGUUGUGUAUAAGCUUAUGGAGAUGGAAAUGAUUUUGUGAUCCGAUUAUUUUGUUUUUAAGUUCAGAAAA